ACUUCCUCAUUCCUUCUUAUCUUUGUUCCUCCUCAUCCCCCUCUCUUCUCUCUCUCCUUCCCACCCAGGAGGGAUGGAGAUAAGAAAGAAACCAAACAUAUUCACGGUUCUCGUCAUUUAUUUUUCUCCAAAGCCUUCCAUGGCUCUCCUUCUCGCUAUUCUCCUCUUCCUCUCAGGCCCUUCUGCAUCUGCGGUAGCUGCCGCUGCUGUGGGACCUGCUACUGGUUUUAAACCGGCAGAUGAUAUUCUCAUUGAUUGUGGAAGCAAAUCGUCAUCAAAAACCCCUGAUGGAAGAGUCUUUAAGAGUGACCAAGAAACUAUCCAAUACAUAGAAGCCAAGGAAGAUAUUCAGGUCUCGGCCCCGCCUUCAGACAAGGUCGCUUCUCCUAUUUACCUAACUGCAAGGAUCUUCCGUGAGGAAGCCACCUACAAAUUCCAUUUGACUCGACCUGGUUGGCAUUGGGUUCGCCUUCAUUUCUUGGCCUUUCCUAAUGACAAGUUCGAUCUCCAACAAGCAACCUUUUCCGUUUUAACGGAGAAAUAUGUGCUGCUUCAUAACUUCAAAAUAAGUAACAACAACAAUGAUAGUCAAGCUGUUGUUCAGAAGGAGUAUCUCGUCAACAUGACAGAUGCUCAAUUCGCCCUCAGGUUCAGACCUAUGAAAAGCUCUGCAGCGUUCAUCAACGCUAUCGAAGUCGUGUCAGCUCCAGACGAACUGAUCUCUGAUUCUGGCACUGCCCUUUUCCCUGUCAAUGGGUUAUCGGGUCUGUCUGAUUACGCUUACCAGUCUGUUUACAGAGUCAAUGUCGGUGGUCCCUUGAUCAUGCCUCAGAAUGAUACAUUAGGAAGAACCUGGAUACCGGAUAAGGAAUUCUUGAAAGAUGAGAACUUGGCAAAGGACGUUAAAACAACCCCUUCAGCAAUCAAGUACCCACCGGAAGUUACACCUUUGAUUGCUCCACAGACGGUCUAUGCAACAGCUGUGGAAAUGGCUAAUUCUCUCACCAUAGACCCUAAUUUUAACGUCUCCUGGAAUUUCCCCUCCAACCCAUCGUUUAACUACCUUAUCCGGCUUCAUUUCUGUGAUAUCGUUAGCAAGUCUCUCAAUGACUUGUACUUUAAUGUGUACAUUAACGGGAAAACUGCCAUUUCUGGGCUGGAUUUGUCCACUGUCGCUGGGAAUCUGGCAGCUCCUUACUACAAAGACAUCGUUGUGAACGCAACACUUAUGGGCCCUGAGCUCCAAGUCCAGAUUGGUCCCAUGGGAGAAGAUACAGGGACCAAAAACGCGAUCUUGAACGGUGUUGAGGUUCUGAAGAUGAGCAAUUCCGUGAACAGCCUUGAUGGAGAGUUUGGAGUUGAUGGUAGAACCACUGGCAUGGGGAAGCAUGGUAUGGUUGCAACCGCGGGGUUUGUGAUGAUGUUUGGAGCUUUCAUUGGUCUGGGAGCCAUGGUUUACAAGUGGAAGAAGAGGCCACAAGAUUGGCAGAAGAGAAACAGUUUCUCCUCUUGGUUGCUACCAAUACAUGCUGGUGAUAGCACUUUCAUGACAAGCAAAGGUGGUUCUCAGAAAUCCAACUUCUACAACUCAACACUUGGUCUCGGCCGCUAUUUCUCCCUUUCAGAGCUUCAAGAAGCCACAAAGAACUUUGAAGCAUCCCAGAUUAUCGGUGUUGGAGGAUUCGGUAACGUCUACAUUGGAACCCUCGACGAUGGAACCAAAGUCGCUGUCAAAAGAGAAGCUCUGUGCGCAAGACCAGCCAUCAAUCCUCAGCUACCAAGAGAGCAGGUUAACUUAGCUGAAUGGGCAAUGCAAUGGAAACGAAAAGGACUUCUCGAAAAGAUCAUUGAUCCUCAUUUGGCUGGAACGAUUAAUCCUGAAUCGAUGAAGAAGUUUGCUGAAGCUGCAGAGAAGUGUUUGGAAGACUACGGUGUUGAUAGGCCAACAAUGGGAGAUGUUCUAUGGAACUUGGAGUAUGCUCUUCAGCUUCAAGAGGCAUUCACUCAGGGCAAAGCAGAAGAGACUGAGAACGCUAAGCCUGGUGUAGUGACACCUGGCUCGGUGCCGGUGUCUGCUCCAUCUCCGAUCACUCCCUCAGCCACCACCAAUGCAGCGGCUACUGUUCCCGUUCCUUCUAAGAUGGAAGAGAACAAUGGCACAGCCGAGGGUCAGGCCGUGGAUGAACACUCUGGAACAGCCAUGUUUACUCAUGGGUUGGCUUUUGACAUGGGAGAGCUAAGAAACAACCUUCCCAAAAAGAGAGGAUUAUCAAGGUACUAUUCAGGGAAAGCAAGAUCAUUCAUUUGUAUCUCAGAUGUAAAAUGCCUUGAAGAUCUGAAGAAACCAACCCAAACUUUUGAUGAUGAUGAUGAUGAUGAGGCUUACAAGAAGAGGAAGAAGAAGAACAAGCAAUCAUCUUCAUCUUCAUUUUCUGCUGCUAUUAACAGCAAUAUGCCCAAGCAAAAAGCUCCAAGGAAGCAACUCAAGUCUUAUAAGCUCAAACACAUCAACAAGACGAUUCAAGAUGGAGAUGCUGUGUUGAUGCGGUCGUCGGAGCCUGGGAAACCGUCGUACGUAGCGAGGGUAGAGGCGAUCGAGACGGACGCGCGUGGAUCGCACGCGAAAGUUCGUGUGAGGUGGUAUUAUCGCCCUGAGGAAUCUAUCGGAGGGAGGAGACAGUUUCAUGGAGCCAAGGAGGUUUUCCUCUCUGACCACUUUGAUUUUCAAAGCGCCGAUACCAUCGAAGGAAAGUGUAAGGUCCACAGUUUCAGUAGCUACACCAAACUCGACUCCGUUGGAAACGACGACUUCUUCUGUCGUUUCGAGUAUAAUUCCGCCACCGGCGCGUUUGAUCCUGACAGAGUCGCCGUGUUCUGCAAGUGUGAGAUGCCGUAUAACCCUGAUGACUUGAUGGUGCAAUGCGAAGAAUGUUCUGAGUGGUUUCAUCCUUCUUGUAUAGGAACAACUAUAGAGGAAGCUAAAAAGCUAGAUAACUUCUACUGCGAAGAGUGUUCCCCACAACAGCAGAAUUUGCACAACUCUAACUCAACUUCCAAAAACAGAGAUGCUAAGGUGAAUGGAAAGCGCAGCCUGGAGGUAACCAAGCCGAAGAACAAACACAGUAAGCGACCAGGUUAACAUAAACCUGUAAAGGCUAU